UUGAGUUGAAACAAGUUAAAAGCGAGAAUAAUAAGAAUUCGCAGUAGUAUGUUCGCAGUGUGAUUUGUGUUUAAGUUUAUUGAAGCUGCGUCGAAGGUAUCACAAUGGUGUGACUCCUGCAGAAACAUAAACGAACAACAUCAAUAAUGGGUGACUGCUGCUGUAAGAAUUCUGUGCCAGAUGUGUUUACAUAUGCACCUUCCUCUGCUACUCAGAGUGCUAAUUCACCAUAUGAGAAUAGGCAAAGGUCUCCUAAAGUGGAUCCUAAUCUUGUCGAUCAGCUAGUUCUUGAAAUGUUAACAGUAGCUGCUUCAAGAGUUGAUACUGAUGAAGAAUCACCAGUGUCACUUGUGAAGUUGCAUCUUAUAGCAGAUAAAGAGGAAGGCUGGAUUCAGAUGAUUACCUCAAUGGUUAAUGUGAUCCCUAUAGAAAACCCAUUUGGCCCAACAGCAAUUUCAAUCUUAUUGGAUGCUUGUCCAUUACCAUCCCGGGAAACUGUUAUUAAAGUCACGGAGCUUUUUGGCUUGUCGAGUGAAAGAGCUAAACAGGGAGAAAUUAAUGUUAGAGUAGAUCGUAAUAUAUGUAUCGUACUUGGAUCUCUUGCUGAAAAAUUGGUUGGACCUAAUAGUAUAGCGAUGCUCACUGAAAAGACAUUGGAUUAUCUCUUUACCUUCCUUGUGGACCACAGAGAACCGUGUCUUUGUCUAUUUGCUCUAAUAGCAUUGGAGAAAUUUGCGCACACUAUGGAGAACAAAAUAGUGAUCAAGGAUAAGUUGGAGAAAUCUGGAGAGAAUCCUUUAUUACAUCUAGAAAAAUUUGCUGAUAGUGAAGAUAAUAUAUGGAGACAAGUAGGAUUCUGUGCUAGUUGGUCCUUAGAUAAUCUAUUUGUGGUCGAAGGCAGGAAGCUUUCAUACGAGGUUGUAGACAUGAAAGAUAUUAAUGCGAUAUUAAAUUGCCAAGAUGUUAGUGAGUAUUUACAAAUAUCGCCCAAUGGCUUAGAGGCAAGGUGUGACUCUUACUCCUUUGAAAGUGUCCGCUGUACAUUCCAAGUUGAUGAUGGAUGCUGGUACUACGAAGCGACGGUUGUCACACCUGGAGUCAUGCAAAUUGGUUGGGCAACGAAGAAUAGUCAUUUUUUAAGUGACGAGGGAUUUGGUAUCGGAGAUGAUUUGUAUUCAAUAUCAUACGAUGGUUGCCGUGAGCUGGUGUGGUAUAACGCCCGACCGACUUCCAUUACAGCAGUGAAGCCUUGGGCACCCGGUGACGUGUUGGGCUGUCUCAUUGACCUGGCUACAAAGGAGAUUAUAUUUUCAGUGAAUGGACAAAGGUUGCCUACGUAUAACGAGAUAUUUGAAGCUACUAAAUAUGGUUUCUUUGCCGCCGCUAGCUUCAUGGCUUACCAACAAUGUAAAUUCAAUUUCGGGAAGGAGCCUUUCAAGUAUGCGCCAGAAGACAGAAUAUUCGCUACAUUCAAUGAUUUUGGCCAACUUACAGAUGAACAAAAGAAGGUUAUUCCCAGGCGGUUAUACUUAGAGCGUCUACGCCACUCCAGCGUAAAGGAGGACUCGUGCACGCUAUGCUACGAUGACACGGCAUGUUGUGUACUAGAACCGUGCGGUCACAGGGGAUUCUGCUCGGUAUGUACGUCCAUGCUACGCGACUGCCCGAUGUGCCGUGGCGAAAUCCUGAACAUACGACGCGAGGCCAUCUGACCUGAUGUUCGUGACGUCAUCGAUGACGUCACCGAUUCGGACUCUGAUUCGCCGUUCGAUUUCAAGAUGGCGCACUUUACCGCACGUGAUUCGCAUAAUUCGUCGCUUGUAUCUGUCUCUCCUAUGCCUUCUUUGAAAGAUCAAGAUAUCGUUAAUGGUAAUUUUUAAUUUAAUUGUAAUAUGUAAAUGCUUAUAGUCACAUUAUUUUAUUUCUGUUUAAAAUUUAAUAAUUUCAUACGUACUAAAACAUUAUUUUAAAAGGAUAUGUAAUAAUUCAUAGUCAUCUAGUAGUAAAAUAGGAUUAAGUCCCCAAUGGCCUCAACUAACUUAUCAAUUUAGUACAUCGAAACUAGAAUGUCGCAAUUUUUCUGUUAUCUUGGUUUUUUUUACGAAAACCUUCGAGGCGAAGGUUGGAAGAUUUCCCUUUAGGAACGUAUAAUGUUAUAUAUAUGAAUCAACCAGUACAAUUUUUAUUUUUUAUAAUAAAUUGUUUCUCCGAUUGGACGUUAUUAAAUUUUAAUUUUUUUUUAAAUUUAGCAUAGGGUCAAAUACCAUGGGUGCAUGCGCCAAUGGAAUUGUUAUAUGCACAAUAGCAGAUCUAGAAUAGAGAAUAUUGUUUGAUCUAAGCGUCUCGCGUUUUUCGUCUCUGUCCCAGUCUCAGAUUGGCGUCCAUACCAAGCCUAUGAAAAAGUAGUCCCAAAUCUGUCCCUGGGCUCGCGUCCCUGCCUCUGAUCUCCCGUCUCUGUCUUCGGUCUCGCGUCUCCGCCGGACUUCUACAGUCUCUGUCUCCCAUCUUUAUCUCUGUCUCUGAGUUUGCGUCUAUGCCUCCGGUAUCGCGUCUUUGUCUAUGCCCGAAAAUGUCCCUCAAAGUGUACUGAGUGAACUCGAAAAAAGAACAAAACAAUUUUGACCAUGUUUCACAUAAAACGGCUUUAACUAUUCUAAGCAUUUAUUUACUAACAAUUGUAUUUCUAGUUAUUAUUUCUAGGGUUUGAGUUAAGAUCUAUAUAGAUUUUUUAUAUUUUGUGAAACUUUUGAGUUAACCUCUGGCGACUACAAAUGAAGACAAUUAUUUGUAAGCUGUUUAGUACGCAUCACACUGGUUUUACUAUAUAAGUUGUAAAACUAGUCUUGAUAGGGUAUUCACGACGUCAUGUAUCACAGAAUAUUGUUAUGAGAUCGAAUUUCUUAAAAACUAAUUUCGGCCCAGAGAAGUAUCCCAGUUUGGAAAUACGUAAGUUAUAAAAUUUUCCUAGUCAUUAGAGCUUGAUGUUGUGACAACGGUAAAUGUAAAUUUAUAAUACUUUAAUUCUAUUUAGUAUAAGCAGCUUAUGGAUUAAAUUAAAUAAGCGAUAUUUUUCAUAAUAUGUAAAACCUUUAUACGUAGCAAAUUUGUAUGUAAACAUCUAUUUGUCUAGUUUUUUUUUUUUAUAGAAAAUUAAGUAUAUUUUCGCAUUUUAUGUAUCGUUUAACUAAACUAUGUCUUGGCAUUUAUUAACAAUGACUAACUGACAUUUUAUAGAUUGGUACUCUGUAACCCGAAUUAAGGCUCAAUGCGGCAUCGUUAUAGAUACUGAGACUAUCGAUAUUGUAUACAAAAUCGUCGAUAAGUUACAGAGCAUCGAAGUGUUUUCAGCCGGGGAUCAAACACUGUAAUAGCAUUCUAAUUAAUGUAUUAUUAAACACUGUCAAAGUCUUUAAAAAAACUGGAUUAGUCUAAUUGCACUCUGACUCUUUCGUCUCGUUCUGUCACAUCGUGUUAACGCUGUGUUGAAAAGAGAGAUGAGUAGUAAGUAAAAACGCUGCAAUUAUACUGAUUAUUUUUUAUGAAUCGUCUAUAGGGCACCUAUAUAUGUAUAUAUAUAAAUUCGUAGCUCUGUUAGGAGCUCAGUGUUAAAUGUCCUAGAAUCUCAUAAUAAGUUAUGAAUGUGUUACACAAUACUAUUUUUGUAAAAUAAUGUAACAUACACUGUACAGUGUACUUUUGUACAUUUAUUUUGUCACUCAUAAACAUUGUUCAUUGUAUUAAAACGCUAAUAAUUGUUAGAAUGUCAGAAUUAAGUAGUGCGUUUUAGUACAAUGAAUGUAUUGGUUUGUACUAUAAGAUAUUUAAAGAUUUUUUUGACGGAGGUAUUUAAAACAAAAUUUAACAUUUUCCAACGAACUGCGUUGGUCAAAUUUAUUUCCUUCGUUUUUUAUUAUUAUUCUAAUAUAUAUAAAUCUUAAAAUCCAAUUUGGAUUUAGCUUUUACAAAUAAUCAAUUUGUUAAGAAUCUUUCUGUCGAGUUCAUUUAUAGUUGUACAUAGUUUUUAGAAAAUGACCGCUAAUAAAUAUCAUCCGAUUGUAUACAUACAUAUAGUCUGGUAUAGAAUAUAUAAUGUAUGUAUUCCAUAGACAAAUUAUUCGUAACUGGCUUAAUUUAAAAAAAAAGUGAUACAUUUGCAAAAAAGUAAGUAAUUAAUUUUAAUUGGCUAUUUGAUAAUAUUUCAUAUCAGAUUUCAGAUUAUUCAUUAGUGACUAAAACCUAUUAAGUAUUGGCAUUAAAAUUCUAAUAAAACGUUCAUCAUUUCAAGAAUGCACCAAAACGCAUCUCUAGACAAGAUGGCGUCACACCGGUUCCAUAGGAACUGUGCCUGUAAACGGUCUCAGAGUUUAAUUUCGUCGAAAAAACACUUGCCAUGUUUAAUAAUCGCUUUUUAAUUAUACAAAUCAAACUGCUACGAAAUUAUACUCCAUGACAGUAUUAGAAUUGAUAUUGACAGGUGUGGUUCGUUAUUAUGUUACAAGUUUAUUAGUCUAAUCUGUGAUCGUUUUGUGUCACGUGACUGUCGUAUCUUUAAUCAAAAAUCAAUCGCAACUCAGGGCAUUGCCUCCAUAACGAUUUUCAAAAUCCAUGUUUUGUAAAUAUUACUCCAAAUAACACUAUUGAUACACGCAAAUAGCCCAGAUACAGGUUCAUAUAUGUUUUAGUAAAAGUGUAGCGAAAAUAUGACAAUUUUCCUAUUUGAGUGCAAAUUUUUUGACAAUGAUUAAUAGCCGAUGCUCGGACGAUGCAUUGCACAUUAAUGAUAGACGGUAUUGAAACAGAAAUGUCUGGUAAAUCCAUCAAUUAACUUCCUUUUCUGCCAAUCAUAGUUAGGAAGAAGAAUUAUCGAAAUUUUGUUUUGAUUUUGUUACUGUAGCAGUGGCUCAGCGUGCUCUACUCACCAAUGUGUGUUUUUCUAUUUGCGUAAUUAACACUCGCUCGUACAGUAAACAACACUUGUUGCUCUCUUUCAUGAUGCAUUUAAACAUAUUUUGUUACUAUAUUUUUUAAUUAUAUUGAAACGGAAUCUGUCCAAUAAAAAAUAAAGCCAAAUAUUUUUUUAAACUUUCACAUAAUAUAAGUACUUUUAAUAGAUACUUGAAGAAUUUUCACCCAUGUUAAUUUUUUUAUUAUUAAGCAAAGUUAAAUACUUUUGGUUUGUAAUAUAUCUGCCAUGUCAAUUGUUCAAAAUAUUUUU